AUCAAAUUAAAGUCGUUAUAAUAAUCCAUUUGGAUCUGUGACUGUUCCGUAUUAACCAAUUGAAGGGACACGCAAUUGGUUCGUAAUAUCCGGAAUGAUGUGACGUCAUCUGCCGUCGCCAGGAAAAAAGGGUAUUGGCUGUGAACAAAGGACAUCAGCUAUUAAGAGGGAGGAAUUAUAUGUUUUUUUAUUAUUUAAACGAUAUAUUUUCGUUCUCAUCCUCGGGAUACAUUGUUAUGGCGAGGUCUUUUUUGCAUCGUUAUUGAAUAUUGAAGAAAGUGUGAACUGCACAAGUUGUUUUGCCUGCUUUACCCGAGGCUCAUUGUAGUCGCCUUUUCAAAUUGAAAACCAAAAAAAGUUUUGGGAUUCGAAAAUCUCGAGAUGGAGUGCAGAUUCUCUGGUGGCGUCUUUCAGGAGCAGCUGGCCUCUUUAAAAACCGCGCUUGACUCCGCGCUCUCCGAGUUCACCACUUCGGUAGACAGUAGGAUUGCAGAGUUUCUACAGGAACUUUCGGAGAAGGAGAAGGAAAUCGAAAGCUUGACGCUGCAGCUGCACAUCUCCCGAAGUGAAGUGAGGUCCAUGCGGAAAUAUCUGCGCUUCGCUGACUGGAACCUCCCAAGGUGCUCACCCGGAACCCACCCGAUGAGCGGCAGGACGCAGCUCUUCAGUGCGCCGGAGAAAGGGAAGGCGAUCGCCGCGCGGCCGGUCUCGAGGUCGGCUCGGACACCAGGAGCAGGCGCCGUCCGGCUCGUCCCACCGACCGCCAGCAAUGAAACCGGACAAGGCCGGUGUUAUGCUCCGUCCACCACCACCACCACCGAUCCUCCAGCCUCGGGAAGAGUGAAGGGGCUUACAGAACCAAGAGAAGCGCCCAGAGAGAACCGGGGAUCGCCACGUGGAACGAAAAGCUGGAGCCACGCGCCGAUUACCGGCGCCCGCGACGGUGGCACGGCAGUGUUUGAUACAGAGGAGGCUAUGUCCCUCGUUACUAGAAAAACUUUGCCCAUGGAAGAGCAGCCUUUCACUGGGGACUUGCGUGCAACUGUUCGGAAAACACCGGACCCAUCAUUUUGCAAAGGUGUCUCUGAGCAGAGCUCCAGCCACCAUGACGCUGAGGAAGCCAAAGCGGAUAUUUCUCAUUUGCUUAGAAACAGCACUGCGUUGAGCUCGUUUCACAUUCAGGAACAGGUCAGGAAUUGUGAAUCCCUCCAAGUCAAAGAGGAGCUCACUGAGACUGAAAACUACUUGUGUGUGAAAGUUGAAGUACCUAUGGAAGAGGCAUCAGCUGGGAGUGUCUCGGUUUCUCACCACUGUGAAGGAGUUCAGAUGGAAAGCACGGAGAGCAGUAAAUUCACAGGCCAAGAGCAGUACGGUCAAGUAGAGCUGGGCGUGUAUAAGGAGCCUUCAGAGGAGAAUUACAUUCCACGUUGGGCCACUCAUCAUCAAACCAAUGAGUGCACUGACUCUGGAAAUCAUAUUUCACAGAACCCUAACUUACCAAACUAUCAGGUAAUUCACUCGGGGGAGAAGCGGUUUAUGUGUACCCAGUGUGGGAAGACAUUCCAUCAUUCUUUAAACCUGAAGUCACACCAGCGGAUUCACACGGGAGAGAAGCCGUACAGUUGCAUGCGGUGUGGAAAAGCCUUCAGUCAGUUAACUAACCUUAAAAUUCAUGAGAGGAUUCACACCGGAGAGAAGCCAUAUGGGUGCGAUCAGUGCGGGAAGGUCUUUAACCAGUCAUCCCAUCUUAAAAUCCACCAGAGAAUUCACACUGGGGAGAAGCCAUACUGCUGUCCUGAAUGUGGGAAAACAUUCAAUCAGUCGGCUCACCUCAAAAUACAUCGAAGGAUUCACACAGGGGAGAAGCCUUACCCGUGCUCCGUGUGCGGGAAGAGUUUCAAUCGAUCGGCCCUCCUCAAGUCCCACCUGAGAAUUCAUGCAAGAGGAAAAUAGGGGAAUUAAGAACAGUGUUUGCAGAAAUCGGGACUGAAGGUAGCAAAUGACUGCAUGCUUUAAAUGUUCAAGGCCAUGAACUUGGAAUCCCCAUUCUGGAGGAAUGACUGGCGUUUCAGCCUUCAAGCUGGUAUUUUCUGUCAUCCUUAAAGUCCAUCAGUCUGUUUUAUGACCUGUUUAAUCGAGUCUUAGAUGAAUAUGCUGAUGGUCUUGGGUGCAAACAUGGUGUAAAAUAUGCAGGAGCCAGAGGGAGUUCAGCCUUGUACUCCCAUGAAAGGGUGAUGUGUGAGCUUUUAUGAAUGCUCUGGAACUUUGAGAAGCGACCGUUUCAAAUUAAAUUAAUUA